AUGCAGAGGUGGUUCCUGCUCCUGUGCUCUCUGUCUCUGCUUAGGCUCAGCUCAGCUCUGGUCCAGAACCUCCAGUUGGACCCAGGUCCAGGGGGAGCCCGCCUUGUACAUCCUCCCUUUCUCUCAGAUGAUGAGCGAGAGCCAGCCCCUCUGUCUGUGGACCUCCCUGAUGACCCCAUAGAAGACCACUUCCUCCUGGACACUGGCUCCUACGAUGAGGACCCAAGCACCUCCAUGCAGCUCUCUGGACGCUCCAUGCGAGGUCCUCGGCGUUGUAUCCUCCAUAAGCAGUCGUGUCUGGGGGUUCCCAAACUGCCGUGCUGCGACCCGUGUGACCAGUGCUACUGCCGUUUCUUCAACGCCUUUUGCUACUGUCGACGAGUGGGCCAUGCCUGCUCGCCACGCAGUCCCUGA